AUGACCGUCAGACUGCUGAAAAGAAGAGGAAAGCAUGAAGUUCGAUCUCUAAAUGUUGAUAACUGCUACAGAGGAUUUGAUGCACAACCACUCACGAACAAAAAACUCCUGUCUAAAUGGCCACCAGCGCCGGUUGAUUCUGAGAUUUUGGCGGGAAACGUUUGGGUGUCCACAGAUCGAUGUGAGAAGUACUCGUAUUUCGGAAACAUUGUUGACGAACCGAAGCACACAGGACAGCAGAGCAUCUGUCAUGAAAAACAAUGGAAAAACAUCACAUAG